ACUCGCAUCUCCUGCAAGGAUGUUCCUGCCGAGACGCUCUACGACGUGCUGCACGACACCCGCUACCGCAAGAAAUGGGACUCAAACAUGAUCGAGACCUACGACAUUGGGCGCCUGACCGUUAACGCUGACGUGGGAUACUACUCCUGGAAAUGCCCAAGCCCCCUGAAGAACCGGGAUUUCGUCACCCUGCGCUCCUGGCUGCCCCUCGGCAAUGACUACAUGAUCAUCAACUACAGCGUCAAGCACCCGAAAUACCCACCCCGGAAGGAUUUUGUGAGGGCCGUGUCCCUGCAGACAGGUUACCUGAUCAAGGCAAAUGGUGCCAGCGCCUGCGUCCUCUAUUAUCUCACCCAGGUGGACCCCCGCGGGUCGCUGCCAAAGUGGGUGGUGAACCGCGUCUCCCAGUUUGUGGCACCAAAGGCGAUGAAGAAGAUCUACAAGGCUGGGCUGAAGUACCCAGAGUGGAAACGCAAGCACGACCCUGGGUACAAGCCCUGGGUAUACCCGGAGCAGAACACGCUGCCCAGCGUCAGCCUGGCCGAGCUCUCGGUGCAGCACGCCGACUCGCUGGAGAACAUCGACGAGACGGGGCUGCCUGAGGACCACCUGAGCACCAGUGACCACGAGGCCUGA